UUUUUUUUUUUUUUUUUUUUUUUUUUUUUUUUUUUCCCUCCAUCACCAAAAGCGAGGCGGGGGAACGACCUGCUCUGAUGCUUUGUCUCUUUUGUGCUGGCUGCUGGAGAUGAGCCUAGGCUUGACCUGACCAUGAUUCCAAGGACUGGCACUUCUUUUUUACCCCCAGUUUGUAGAGAUCCAAACCUUCUCUUCCUGAUUGUCAAGAAAAAUAAAUUAUUGCUGAAUUUGGGAAUCUAGGCAGCACCAGCUUACUUUUCCCCUGCAUCUCUCUGGAAUCGUUUCUGGGAUAUUUUCCAAAUCAUCACAGAAAGCAGGAGGAAUGAACCGGCAGCUAGUGAAAAUUUUGACAACCUUGUUUGCAUUUUUCUUAGAGACAAACCACUUCAGGACGACUUUCUGUAAAGAACAUGAUUCAAGAUCUGGAAAAUCCCCCUCACAGACCCUGUCUCCUUCAGAUUUUUUGGACAAAUUGAUGGGAAGGACAUCGGGGUAUGAUGCUAGAAUCAGACCAAAUUUUAAAGGUCCUCCAGUAAACGUUACUUGCAAUAUUUUUAUCAACAGUUUUGGAUCAGUCACAGAAACCACAAUGGAUUACAGAGUGAACAUUUUUUUGAGACAGCAGUGGAACGACUCACGUCUGGCUUAUAGUGAAUAUCCUGAUGAUUCCCUCGAUUUGGAUCCCUCUAUGUUGGACUCUAUUUGGAAGCCAGAUUUAUUCUUUGCCAAUGAGAAGGGAGCAAACUUCCAUGAUGUCACAACAGACAACAAGUUGUUGAGGAUUUCUAAAACUGGAAAAGUGCUGUACAGUAUCAGGCUUACUUUAACCUUAUCCUGUCCCAUGGACUUGAAGAAUUUUCCUAUGGAUGUACAGACAUGUACAAUGCAGCUAGAGAGCUUUGGCUAUACUAUGAACGAUCUGAUAUUUGAGUGGCUAAGUGAUGGACCUGUGCAGGUUGCAGAGGGUUUAACCUUGCCACAGUUUAUUUUGAAAGAAGAUAAAGAACUUGGCUAUUGCACAAAACAUUACAACACCGGAAAGUUUACAUGCAUUGAAGUCAAGUUUCAUUUGGAGCGUCAGAUGGGAUACUAUUUAAUCCAGAUGUACAUUCCUAGCCUGCUGAUUGUCAUUUUGUCCUGGGUUUCCUUCUGGAUCAACAUGGAUGCAGCUCCAGCUAGAGUCGCACUGGGUAUCACUACAGUUCUGACAAUGACCACGCAAAGCUCAGGAUCGAGAGCUUCCCUCCCAAAAGUCUCCUAUGUAAAAGCUAUCGACAUCUGGAUGGCCGUGUGCCUUCUCUUUGUCUUUGCUGCGUUACUGGAAUAUGCAGCAGUCAACUUUGUUUCCCGGCAGCACAAGGAGUUUCUGAGGCUUCGAAGAAGGCAAAGAAGACAAAACAAGGCACAGACUAUGACUGUUGGGAAUGAAAGCAUCGAGUCCGUGCUGCGCAUGAAUGGCUUGCGGAGCAAAGAGUCAUCAGCUUACGGGACAGUGAAUCAGAUCGGCAGUUCAAGUUUGAGGGAAGAUGAAGUUGCUCGUGACAGUCGAUUCAAUUUCAGUGGCUAUGGCAUGGGUCACUGCCUCCAAGUCAAAGAUGGCACAGCAGUCAAGGCUGCUCCACCCAACCCACCCCCAGCACCACCAAAGGAUUCAGAUUCCAUCAAAAAGAAGUUUGUUGACCGUGCAAAAAGGAUUGAUACAAUAUCCCGUGCUGCAUUCCCACUCGCCUUCCUCAUUUUCAACAUCUUUUACUGGAUUACAUACAAAAUCAUACGGCAUGAGGACAUUCACAAGAAAUAGGCAACUCUGGUUUGCCAGGACUUCUUAGCCAAAGUGAUCCACUUGUAAAUAAACAGUGAAAUGUCUUUCUGUCAUUUGGACUAAGGGUUUCUUCCC